AUGAUACGAGGCCCGGUACAAGAGACUGAUACAGCGGCAUAUCUAGCAGAGAGUCGGAGGCCGCCCGGUUCAAAAAAGACUCGACAUCUGCUUCCUGGAGAGACGUCCUCAGAAGCGACAUUUAAGACAAUCCAGGCUUGGAUGACAGACUGUCUGGGCAAUCAUCCGAACUGCCCCAAAUCCCACGUUGGCAAUGGUAGCCAUACGCCGCCGCUGCCUCGGCGCCUCUUGGAGGUCGCGAAUGGGAAGGUCGUGCUCCGUGAAGUCGCUGGACAAAAGAGACAUCCUUACGCAUGCCUGAGCCACUGUUGGGGCCCUUCUCCUCGACGUCCUGAGAGCACUAUUCUUAAGGCAAAACGAGCCACGAUCGAAAAGCUCAAGGUUGAGGUACCAUGGAAAGAGCUCAGCAAAACUUUUCAAGACGCCAUAGACAUCUGUCGCCGGCUAGGCAUCGAUUUUCUGUGGAUUGAUGCCCUGUGCAUUCUUCAAGAUAGCAAUGCCGAUUGGUCUUUGAACGCUGCGGAGGUCGGUUCCAUAUACGAAAACGCUUUGAUCACCAUUGCUGCCUCCAAGUCCAAGGAAGGCUGCCAAGGUUGUUAUAGUACCGCUGAUCCCCGCUACCUGGCCCGCCUGGUUGGUGGGAGCGACAAUGUCUACGUUCGUUUAAAACCUCCAAGCUACCCAGUUCACGAAGUCUACCUGGAUCUAGAGAAUUUCCCACUGCUGGACCGCGCCUGGGUAUAUCAAGAGAUGCACUUGUCUGCUCGUGUGCUCCACUUUUGCUCCCAAGAGGUAAUUUGGUCCUGUCGACGCAUGAGGAGAAGUGAGAGCGGCGUCAGCGACGAAGAGGCGACAGAUGAACUCGUGAAUUUGACGGAUUUGCACGGUUGGGAUCCUUCGUGGAAGACGCUGGGCGAGAACGGGAAGGAAGACCCGAGAACACUGUGGUAUCGAACGGUGGAAGAGUACACGCGUCUGCAUAUUUCGUAUCCGAGCGACAUUUUCCCCGCAUUGGCGGCUUUGACUCAAAGAUUGCACAGGCUAAAGCCUCAAGACAUGUUUCUCGCAGGUCUUUGGAAAAAUACUCUCCUCCUCGAUCUGAUGUGGCGGGCUCCGGCGGGGCCACAGUUCGGAAGACCAGCAAAAUGGAGGGCUCCGAGUUGGUCCUGGGCAUCUGUCCAAGUCAGGGUUGCCUGGGAUCUGAGGUUAGAUUCCGUUUUCGGAGUGGUCGAGCUGUUGGAUGUCCGGUGCGACACCAAGGGCCCACCGGAGAUGGGCAGCUUCUCUGGCAGGGAUGAAGUUGUAAUUACCCUUCGUGCACCUCUUCUCAAGGCAACUUGGAAAAAGCCCUGGGUUCGGAGUCGGUGGCCAAUUAUCAGUCGAAGCACGGAAAUGAAGGAUGGCAAAAUGGAUGUGAACCGAUUCUAUCCAGAUUACGACUACGAUUUGCCGGGAGAACACCAUGUUUCAUGGGAUUCGGAGUUCGUUCUUGUGCCGAUCGCGAUAUCGACAAUGCUUCUCGAUGAGAGUGACAGCGAUGGACCAAAGAAUAAUGCGCAUUUGGUGCUGGCUUUGCGAGCGAAACGAAAGGCCGGCACCUAUGAACGUCUCGGAUACGGCGAAAUUGUCGAAGACCAUGUCUUUGCGGAUUGGAGCCGCGAGGGGUUCCAAGCCAGGUUUGGCAGAGUGGACGCCAUCCUGAGGGCUAUUCCGCGACAGGUCAUUACUGUCGUAUGA